AUGACGAGGUAUGUUCCGCCACACCGCAAGCGGGAGGUAAGUGACGUCGAUGAUGGCAAAUCCACAGGGAAUGACGGAGGAAAGACGACUUCAGAGGCGUUACAGCGUGAGUCAUGGCAGGCUCUAAGUCGUAGUAUUACCGGCAUUAUCAAUCGUGUGAGUGGUGAAAAUGUUCAAUUAUCCGCCACCGAGUUGUUUCGUGAGAACAUUAUUCGCGGCCGGGGUCUGCUCUGCCGCAGUCUCAUGCGGGCACAGUUGGCGGAUCCAGACCUCUCGGACGUCUUCGCUUCUCUUGUGAGUCGUGUUAACAAGGAGUUUUCUAUAAUUGGUCUUCUUCUUGUUAAGCGGCUUGUAGUGCAGUGGUGGAGGCUGCAUCGCCGCGGAGAUUGGACGGCGCUGCGCUGCGUGAGCCGCUUUCUCGCAUGGCUUUACAUCUUCAAUGUUGUGAGUGUGGAUGUCAUCUACCAAAUUAUUCUUGCCCACCUUACCGCGGAGAAGCGCUGCGACGACGAUGUGGACCAGGCGGCGGCUCUUUUUCGCGAUACCUUCCGUGCAAUGUCACAGCGUGACGUGGCGGAGUUCCAUGCCCAUGUGCUGACGCCUAUUCGUGAUCUUCUCGCGAUGGACGACGAUGCGCUUCGCCUUUCUCCCCGUGCGCAGACAUUGCUGGAGACCUGCCUGGGCGAGGUUCAGAAGUGGGAGCGGGUGAAACACACGGUGUCCAUCAUCCCACCCCAAUUGCUUCUGGUGGAGGCCUGUGAGCAGAAGUGUCACGAGGUGGACCUCGACGAUGCGGCGAAGAUGAACGCGGAGGAGCAGCUGGACCGUUUUGUAUUUGAUGCGGAUUAUGACGCACAUGAAGACGCAUAUGAGACGGCUCGAUGUGCGGUUUUGGGAGAUGACUGGGAAACCGAGCUUUUGGAGCAGGUGGCGGCGGCAGAAGAAGAGGAAGAAGAGGAAGAAGAAGGAGAAGGGACGAUAGCAAGAGAGGAGGAGGCACGAGGUCAGGAGCGGUCCGCACAAGAAAAACAGUCCUCCAUGGAUGCCGCCAAACAAGUUGUCGAUGAACGAGAACGUCAAAUUCGCAAGGAUGUAUACAUGGCGAUGCGCAGUAGUGUCCGGGCGGAUGAGGUGGUUCACAAGAUUCUGAAGUCAAUGCCUUCACAGACAGAGCGCACCGUGUGUUUUAUGGUUAUUGAAGGUUGUUGCGAGGAGUCUAUAUAUAAGCGAAUCUACGGCAUGGUGGCCGAGCGGCUUUGUAAAAGCAAUACGAAAUUUCAGUUGUUUUUUGCAGAAGCCUUUCGGACACGCUAUGAACAUGCAGAAGAUCUUGUGGAAAAACAAAUUGAGUACACAUGUAAAAUUUAUAGUCAUCUUUUACGCACCGAUUCAUUGCCGUGGCACAGAUGCCUUUCUGUACUUGACAUUAUUGAAAGUGACAUGUCGCAGCGAUUGAUGAUUCAAUGGCUGCUGCAGGGGAUGGUGGAGGCACUUGGGAUGCGUGCGGUACAGGAGCGCCUUGAGAAGGACAAGGAGUUACGGUCAAGUACUGUAAAACUGUUCCCUGUGGACGCCAAUGAAGAGGGGCUGGAACGGGCGGUUAAUUUAUUUGAGGCGAUGGGACUUGGCGAGUUGGGCGCCGGCGUGCGGGCGCAGUUGGAGAAGGUGCGACGCUCGAGACGAAUGACGUUGAACACGAAUUUCGCCCCAAAUUACAAUGAUCGGGUUUCGGGUGGCGAUGCGAACCACCAGAAGGGCCAAAAACGGUCACGGGAGAACAUGAUGGAGUACAUUUAG